GUAGGUGUUAGUGGGCAACAUGGCGGAGUGUUUUGCUUGAGGGGUUAGUCGUUUCGAGCGGCGCUGAGUUUGGGAUUUAGUCAGAAAUAUUUCAGUGACAGAUGAAGGUGGUGAACCUGAGGCAGGCCAUUCUUCAGGCCUGGAAGGAGCGAUGGACAGACUAUCAAUGGGCCAUAAACAUGAAAAAGCUUUUCCCAAAAGGUCCCACGUGGGAUCUCCUCGGGCUUUCAGAUCAUCUCCUGGAGCAGGCCUUGGUUGGCCCAUCCCCCAAUCCUCUGAUUAUGUCUUACUUGAAGUAUGCUAUUAGUUCACAGAUGGUGUCUUAUGCAAGCGUAAUGUCUGCUAUUGCGAAGUUUGAAGAUUACUCCAGGGAACUGUGUGUUAAAGCUCUUCUGGAACUAUUGGACAUGUUCUGUGAUCGGCUCAGCUGCCAUGGGAAAGCAGAAGAAUGCAUCAGUCUGUGCCGAUCAUUACUGAGCACUCUCGCAUGGUUGCUGAGGUGUGCUGCUUAUUGUACUGAAAAGCUGAAGGAGGGAUCCGAUGCUACCUCUGGGGAAGAACAACUCCAACUCUGCAUUAAUCAGAUUGAGAAGACUGUGAGCAGAAGGAAGAAUCGAGCUCUUCUUCAUAUUGCACGGUUGGAAGAGCAAGUUACAUGGACUAAUUUGGAACAGGCACUCAUAAAGCUUACAGAAAACCACAACAAGAUAAGUAAUCAGCAACUCAGACUGAGGCUAGAAGAAUGUAUUGGAUUGGUUAAAAGUAUUCCAGUUAUAACAGCUCAGUCUGAGCAGAACACAAAGAUGGAAUUCCCCACUGUUCAUACACUAAUCAUGUUGGAAGGGACUCUGAACCUCACAUCUGACACGCAGUCACUUGUGGAACAGCUAAUCAUGGUGAAAAGGAUGCAGCGAAUCCCCUCACCUCUCUUUUUACUGGAGAUCUGGAAAGCCUGUUUUGUUGGUCUUAUUGAAUCCCCAGAAGGAACUGAGGAGUUAAAGUGGACAGCAUUCACAUUCCUCAAAAUUCCACAAGCAUUGUUGAAACUUAAGAAGUACCCUCUUGGUGAUAAAGACUUUGCUGAAGAUGUGAAUACUGCUUUUGAAUUUUUGCUCAAACUUACUCCUCUUCUGGAUAAAGCAGAUCAGCGAUGCAACUGUGACUGCGUCAGUCUCCUACUUCAAGAAUGUGGAAAAUUGGGUCUUCUCUCAGAGAGUAAUAUGAAAAACCUGGUCAACAAAAGAACAGCAGAUAGGGAGUUGGCUCCACGACUAAAAUCUGCUGAAAAUGCUAGUAUUCAACCCAAUCCAGGCCUUAUUCUACGUGCAGAACCCACAGUAACCAAUAUUUUAAAGACCAUGGAUGCAGACCAUUCCAAAUCUCCUGAGGGACUUCUGGGAGUGCUUGGCCAUAUGCUUUCUGGGAAGAGCUUGGAUUUGCUGUUGGCAGCUGCUGCUGCUACUGGGAAGCUGAAAUCUUUUGCUAGGAAAUUUGUCAAGUUAAAUGAAUUUGCCAAGCACAUCUGUGGAGAAGGUUCAAAAGCAGCUUCAGUCCGAGCACUGCUAUUCGAUAUUUCCUUCCUCAUGCUGUGCCAUGUUGCUCAGACUUACGGAUCAGAUGUCAUUCUGUCCGAGCCCAGCACAUCAGGAGAGGUGGUAUUCUUUGAAACUUGGAUGCUGACCUGCAUGCCUGAGGAAGGGAAGAUCUUAAAUCCAGAGCAAGGAUUCCGUGCUGACCCCACAAAAGUGGAGUCACUUGUGGCUCAUCUCAACUCCUCCACUGAAAUGAAGCUUGUCCAAGUGAAGUGGCAUGAGGUAUGUUCCUGUACACCAGCAGCUAUCCUGGAAGUUCUCAAUGCCUGGGAGCAUGGACUUUUGACAUUUGAAGCAGUGCAGAAGAUCACCAAUAACAUCAAAGGCAAAAUUUGCAGCAUGGCAAUCUGUGCAGUGGCUUGGUUAGUGGCACAUGUAAGGAUGUUGGGUCUGGAAGAACGUGAGAAACCACUACAGAUGAUCUGCCAGCUUGUAACACCGCUUUAUGCAGAAAAUACACUUCAGUUCUACAAUGAACGUUUGGUUAUCAUGAGCCUGAUCUUGGAGCAAAUGUGUGCUGAUGUCCUGCAGCAGACUGCAACUUCAAUCAAGUUUCCUUCAGCAAACCUAGAUCCUAUUCCAUACCGGAAUCUGUUGCCAGUGAAGAAGCCAAUUAAAGAAGUGCUCAUUACCAACUUCAAUGAUAUCCUGAAUAAAGGCUGGGUUGACAGUCGCUCCAUUCACGUGUUUGAGGCAUUGCUCCAUAUGGGAGGAGUGUACUGGUUUUGUAAUAAUCUGGUUAAGGAGCUAUUGAAGGAGACAAGGAGGGAGCACUGUUACAAAGCUGUUGAGCUCCUUCAUAGUGUGUUUUGCUUGGACAUGCAACAGAUCACCUUAAGCCUGUUGGGCCAUAUCCUGCCUGGACUCCUGACCAACUCCUUGAAGUGGCAGAUGCUCAUGGACCCACCUGGACAAGCCCUCGCCAAGCUGUCAGUCUGGUGUGCUCUGAGUGCUCAUUCCUCACAUAACAAGGGUCAGGCCACAGCUAAACAGAGGAAAAGACACCGAGAGGAUAUUGAGGAUUACAUCAACCUCUUCCCGCUGGAUGACAGCCAGCCAUCAAAGUUGUUACGACUGUUGAGCUCAAAUGAAGAGGAUCCAAAUAUUCUGUCCAGUCCUGGUGAUCGUACAAUGAGCAGCUCAUUGUCAGCCUCUCAGCUUCACAACAUCAACAUGAGAGACCCUUUGAACAGGGUGUUGGCAAACUUAUUCCUCUUGAUCUCUUCGAUUCUGAGUUCAAAGGUGGCUGGGCCACACACCCAGUUUGUUCAGUGGUUCAUGGAAGAAUGUGUGGAGUGUUUGGACCAGGGGAGCCGUGGUAGCGUUCUCCAGUUCAUGCCAUUUACCAUGGUGUCUGAGUUGGUGAAACUGCCUGCCAUGUCCAAGCCAAAAACAGUACUAGCUAUAACUGACCUGGGUCUCCCUCUAGGGCGCAGGGUAGCAGCAAAAGCUAUUGCUGCUCUCUGAAGAAAGCCGAUCGUGUCUAAGUACAUACAAACAAAUAAGUAUUCACUGAUUUAAAAACUGACUGUUCACGUGCAUUUGAAACCAGUUGAAAUUUGUCAGUGUACUUUUAUGGGUUAACUACUUAAACUUGAGUCGCUGCAUCAUUCACACUGUUAAUCCAAGGAUUUGCGCAUGAAAGAUUUAGGUCUGGCAGCAAAGAAACUGCAUCAGAAAUUCAAUGUUGCAUUUUCCACUCAAUAGUUUAUGUUGUAGUUAUUCAUUCUAAAUUUUGGAAAUAAUUUUCUACUCCCAGCAGGGAGCUGCACUGGCAAAGAAUGUAGAUUAUGAAAUGAGCACUGCAGUACUGCAGGCAGAUCUCUAAACUGCACAAUUUCCAAGAAUAGUUUCCCUGUUGGGAAUAUAUGUUUUUUUCCGUUUACAUAUUUGUGACAACAUACCUCAAUUCUUUGAAUCUUUUGGAGUUUUCCAUAUUUAAGGAGUAUUAUGCAGCAUUGUUGACAUAAAAUCACUAGAAAUCUUCAGAAUCCUGUUGAUCAUUGUAGUGGAAAGUGUGUGGGCAAGUUGUGAUGAAUCAAACAGCCCUUUCUUACCAUUCAUUUUUCUUGAAUUUUUAUAGUACCGUAUCAAAUGCCAGAGACAUAUCCUCAUUUCAAAAUGAGCUGCAUUUCCAUAUGGAAUGUAUGUGUAAAUGCUAUUGAAGCUUUUUGUCCUGCACUCUUCAGAAUCACAAAGGGUGAAACAAAUUACAGUGUAUGACAGGAGGAUGAUGAUUAUUUGCCAACCGGUCAAGAUUCUCUUUUCGUGCAGUGUAAAUUGUUCCGUUUGGGACUUGUCAUUCUUAUGAUUCUGUCCUCUUAGUGCAAAGCAAAAAGCUUUGACAGUAUGUCUCUCAAUUUUAUUCAGCAAUGUUAAACUUAUGUACUACCAAGUGAUUGAAAAUAUUUAUGUGUUUGUACCUUCAGACAGACAGCUGGAGCUCUAAAAUUUGUUCAGAUUUGUUAUGGCAAACCUCCUUUUGUAGGACUAUAACUUCACCAGCAAUUUGAUCAAGAACCUGUCGAUUAUUCACUGGUGUUAUGGAGAUUAUGAGAAUAAGGCCUGUGUUGUUUGUUGGUACAGUUUCAUCAAGCUCAGCUUGCAGUGACCAGACAAAGUUGAAUUGCCAAAUUUCUGUUGUGGUUAAUUGGCUUUUGCAUGACUUGUUCAUUGCUGCAUUUCUACCAAAUCCAUUUUAAUCAGCUCCAGGACAAAACAUACCAAUCUAGAAAGGUCACCUUAAAGAGGGAAUUUGCAGUCCGUUUCAAGCGAGCUGAAUACAAUUAAUCAAAUGCAAUGUCAUUAAGCAGGUAUCACCAAAAGGCUGCAGCACAGCAUUCAAUGCCAGUAUAAUCAAAGAAACAUGUCACAAAGAAGGGGAUGUGUUUUAGCUGCCCAGUUUGAAAUGUUUCAACUCUAAUAGAUUAUUAAGAGUUUUCACUGAAUUGAUACCUACCAUAUUUUGCUGUUAUUUCAUGAUAGUUAGCUGAUUUUAAUUUAUUUUGUCAUGUUCCACAUUAACUGUUUUAUAUUAAGUUCUUUUUAAACACAUCUGUGUUAAUUUAGUGUAAACAUUUUAUAAAAUGCCAUGCCUGUUGUUACGUGAAUUUUUCAACUGUGUAUAUAUAUAUAUUUUAAAAAUCUGCAGAGGAAUGUCCCGUCCUCUAUGACCCCCCUCUUUACCUGAUUGAUGCUGACUGAACUAUGUUUAUUGUAGUGCUCUUUGUGGAUGCAAACACAAUUAUUCUCUCAUGACUUUGACAUUACAGUUCAUUUCAGUUUUAUGGCUAAGGAAAAACCUUGCAGAAGAUCCGACUUUAACCAGUAGAAUAUAUGCAUAGCAACUCUGGACUGAAUUGAACGCCACAGUUGUGUUCCCCGUGAAUGAGUAACACCACCCUCGACAUCCAAGCUGGAAAAGACACUUUGACAAGUUGCCAGAAAGCUGUUCAUUGAUUUGUAAUUAUCAUCUUUUGGGGAGAAGGGACAAUGGGAGCAACUUGGAGACUGGUGAUGAUGGUUGAAAAUGUAAAAUGUUUGAUCAGCCCUUGUUUUCUAUGUUUUUCAACAACAAAAACCAAUGUGCAACAAAAGUAACUUUUUUUCUUGCAGAUUUUGUGGCACAUCAGUUGCAAGAUUAUUAUAAUUGUUCUGUACUGUGUUUGGAAAUUUUUUUAUUUAAAAUUGUCAUUUUGGAAUGAAAUGGUAAAGUAUGUUGUCCUA